CUCGUGGUGAAGUGGCACGGCCGUCCAAUCAGAACCGUCAAUGGAGGGGCACCUCGGUUUCAGCCAUGUUGUGGUUUUGAAUGAGGAAGAAGCGGGAGACACUGCACUUCAACGACUUUUUUGCCCAUUUAAAGUGUCGUUAACCAUAUGUAAACGGGCUAGCGUGAGGCACAACAUGAUAGCCGUUAUUCCGAAUGCAUUGGUUGUGACUUAACACAUCGCCGUUGUAAUUUAAACAUACUUCUGUAAAUUAGCCGCGCUGCUAACAACGUAGGCUAGCAGUGUAGUUAGCAUAGUGUGUAGCCUGGUUAGCCGAGUCGCCGUUAACUCGCCAGCGGGGACUGGGGGGAAACGUUACUAAUCAGCCCGCUUCACGCACACCUGCUCGAAUGACUCGCGUUAGGUUCAUUUGUGUCGUCUCCGAGGACCGCUAGACGGCACGCACUUGUGGCGAGUUAUCUGUGAACUGGAGCUGUUAGUUCGCACACUUACUUGGAACCAUGCUGAACAAAAUCUACGAAUGGCUGGAGUCAGGCGUAGCCAAUCUUCGCAACGGUGUUGCAGCUCCGGAACCAUCUCUUGCAGACCGACCGCCUGGAGAUGAUCUCGUCAGAAUGAGAAGGAAAAGACCACUGGAAUGUUCGAAAGACGGAAAGGAUGGAACAGCAAUAAAGAGAUCUCGAAUGGGAGGGCUUAUUGAAACUAUCCUGGUUUCAGCAGAAGGGGUAAAGAAUCGAAGCGUGAGUGUGGCAACGUGGAUGAAGAACAGUGUGAGCCCUACUUUGAGAAAUGCCCUGCCUGCCUCCCCUGGACCUCCGCUUGAACAAUCUCAGCCACAGCCAUCAAUAUCCCCUGCAAGCUGGACACCAAUGACCGAUCUGGGGUCUAUCCCAGCUGCACUCGGCGAAAGGUCGCCUCAUCUCAUUGCAGAAGCAAUGAUAACAAAAACACUUACAAGCUCCAAAGAAAACUCUUUGGACCAGACUUUUGCUGCUCCCUCGACAACUUUGGAGUGGAAAACCUCUAAAUCAGUUUGCAGGCGGCAAAUGCACAUCAAUCCAGGACAUCGUGAAGUACCAAAAAUAAAUGGGCAUCCAUGCAGCUUGCCAUCUACUAUCACAUCCAAAUUUCCCCCUUCUGCACGGCUCGGCAGGCCCAUAAACUUCAGAGCAACAACAUAUGCCACACCAAGUGUGCUUAGUGGGGCAUCUACAACCAGCAGCUCCAGCAAUAGCAUGUACGAGAAGACCUUUCCAAUCAAAGUUUUUCCAAGCCCGUCACAUAAAACGUCAUCCAGCCACACACUUCACAAUAAGCCCUGCUGCACAGCUCAGGAGUCGGUUUGUUUAGAGGAGAAGGAGGUCUACAGGCAGCUUUUGAACAUGGUCUCAGGUGGUCAGUCGUCGUGUGUUCACAAUGGCCGGCCGCAUUCCAUUGUUCGGUCUCAUCGAGAUUUCACCAGCUUUCUGAGCACCAGCCGGAGACUGCUACAAUUUUCUUCCCCUGCUGGUUCAGCGGCAGGGGAUACUUCAGAGGGGCCAAGCAGUCCUCCCAGCCCCAGGGGGGUAUCUAGCCAGAGCUCCAGCAACCUUCCCAGCCCGUUGGGUGCCACCCGCAAACCAGUGAACCAGACAUGGUCUCAGGACACGGACCUCAGCUCCAUUCAACCUGCUCCCCUCUUGUCAUCUCCCUCCCCUUCCACACUGCAAGACAAUUCCUCUCAGGACACUCAGUCAUCAGCUCAUGAUGGUGACUCCGUUAUUAUUGUGACUGAGCAAAAGGUUAAAAAGCAAGACGGCUCAAGAGCGCCUUGCUUCCAAGCCGAGAUAUGGAUUAAAGAGCUGACAAGUAUGUAUGAUUCUCGGGCAAGAGAAAGACGAAGACAUAUAGAAGAGCAGGAGGCUUUGGCAGCCCAGCUGCAGCGGCAGCGACUGUCUGAAGUAGGGCACCGCAGCAGAGAUGUGGAAGUCCAUGUCCGAGUUCCUUUGGAGAAGGAAAUUCCUUUGACUUUAGUAAUACAAGAGCCUUUUGAAGAUAAACCAGAAUUCCCAGAACUCUCAGAGGAGAUGGAAGCUCAGGUGGACAAGGUCCUAAGACGCGGGAGUCCUGAUGAAGUAUUCAGUGAGGGAUUUGGUCUUAGCCUGACCCGCAAAGAUCUGCAGACUCUCAGUGGCCUUAACUGGCUCAAUGAUGAGGUGAUCAACUUUUACAUGAAUCUGCUGGUGGAACGUAGCAAAAACCCCAAGCUGCCCACUGUCAACACAUUUAGCACAUUCUUCUAUCCCAAGCUGCGCAGUAGCGGAUAUUCUGCUGUCCGCCGCUGGACUAAAAAGAUGGACAUCUUUUCCAAAGACAUUCUUUUGGUCCCUGUCCACCUUAGGAUGCAUUGGUGCCUCUCUGUGGUGGAUUUCCGACAAAAGGCUGUCACAUAUUUUGAUUCUAUGGGAGGAAACAAUGAUGAAGCUUGCAAAGUGUUGCUUGAAUACCUGCAACAAGAAAGUAAGGACAAAAAGGGUCAAGAACUGGAUACCACAGGAUGGACUUUAUCCAGCAAAACGCGCAAUGAAAUACCACAGCAAAUGAACGGGAGUGACUGUGGAAUGUUCACAUGUAAAUAUGCAGAUUACAUUACCAAAGACAAGCCAAUUACAUUCACACAGAAACAAAUGCCGUAUUUCAGAAGAAGGAUGGUUUGGGAGAUAGUGAACCGUAAACUGUUGUGAAAGGAAACAUCAGCAGGCCUACCGAGGCCCUGCAACACCAGCACAUCAGAUCAGGGACUGACCAAGCUUAUUGAACUUUACCUUACAGGAUGUUGCUGGAGCUCUAAGCACUGCCCCCAAGUCGUCUACCCACACUUAGGUUUUUUUUUGUUUUGUUUUCUUGAAUUGUCUUUAGAGCGAGCAUACCUCAAAUACUGCAGGAUUUAUCUGAAAAGUUCUUCUUGUUUACUGACUAUAAAGCAUAUUGUCAAGUCCAGUGUUCAGUUUGAAGCAACCACACAUGUUUAGAUGACAUACUAGGACUCUCCUAAUGGCACCUUUGUAUUGGGCCAUAAGACUUGUACAUUGUUUUCUCUUGUAAUAUGCACAUUUACUUUCAAUAGAGGAUUAUUUUUCUAAUUUGACUUUCAACAAAAAGGUGUUGAAAUAUGACAUUGCCAUGCAGAAUGUGAUUGAAUGGAAGUAGAAUUCUUCUGCAAGUGAUACACAGUAGUCUUAUUUGUCACACCUGGAAAAAAGUCCUCAUGAGUUUUGCAAAAAGAUUGUAAAUUAACUUUCAAAUUCUAUUUUGUGUACGGGAGUCUACAGCAACUUUUGACGAAUUCAGAAUAUUUUCAACUUUGUAUAUAUAUUCAGAACCUAAAUUGUCUUGGUACAUUGUAUAAUACUUUUUAUGUACUUGCUAUUUUUUAUGUAGAUUUAAUUGUUUCAGUAAUAAAUUAUCUUGUAUUAUUGUUGGUGCCAUAUCAAUGGAGGAUAUACAGUAUAUGUAUGUUUAAAAAUAUACUGUGUAUACACCAUAUUAGGGUUGUCAGCUUAUAAUCACAAAACAUCCCUUAAUUGCACAUUUUAUUUUUUGUACACCUUAACCAUGAACGGUAACAACACCGGUUGUUCUACAGUCAGUGAUCACGUCAGUGCCAAGAUGUGUGAGGAGACUCCAACUUGUGGCAACUUUUGUUUCAAAAUAAACUGAUAUUGCUUUAGCUACAA